GGGCUUCGGCCCUUUGGAAAAUAGACUACGGUCCCCACAUCCCCUAAUCUAGAGUUAGUCAAUUUGUUUUAUAUAUACCUCAAUACAUAGAUUCUAUGAGGCCUAAAAAAAGUAAUGAAAAGAGACCAAACAAGUAGGCUUAAGCAUACUGUAAGCCUACUGCCUAGGCUGUUAAAGAGCCGAUCACUCUCUUAGUAGAGAUUGCAGUCGCCUUUACCAUCCGUGCAUGCUUGUCAAAAUUACACAGUGAUGUGGGGCCUAGAGAUUACAUCGCGAUAAGGAAAAAAAAUUAUCAUUAAACAUAGUACUUUUUUCUUCCUGGGAACAUCAUUCACCUACAUCAUAGGAGUGAUAGUUGAAGUUAUUACCCGCUUUUUAACCAAUCAGAUGCCUGGAAUCUAUGUAUGCGGUAUAUAAUAAGACCAGUGACUAAUGCAAUCUGAACAAUAACCUCAAUCAAGAGGUAUGCUCAUGGACAAGGAUCCUGAACAAAAGUAUUGAGUAAAUUACCCCAUAUCAUCACCUUGUCUGAAAAAUUUUAUAGCCUUUACAUUGACUCCAGCCAUACGACAAUGGUCAUCAAAAAAAUUUCAUGUCUUUUAUUUUUACAGUUUACCAAAAUGGCAGAAAUAGAUGCACAUGUUGUAUCAAGCGGUACUAAAUUUGGAAUUCAACCUUCAUCGCACGGCUGUACUACAUUUGGAAUUCAAGAGCAGGGUACUACUACUAGCAAGGAAAUAGAUGAAUUCAGUUUUAGAAAAAUAUUACUAAGCAUUGAUAGGAAUCUGGUAGAGCAUGAUAUUUUAGCUCUGAAGUACUUGUGUCUGGAUAAAAACAUUGGUCUUAGACAUGGUGAGUUGGAGAAAGUUAACAGAGGUCUGGAUUUACUGGAAAAACUAGAGAGAAGGGGAUUCCUUUCGAAAUCAAAAUUGGAAGUACUUAUUGAGCUACUUGGCUUGAUAGAGCGUUUUGAUCUUCAGCGUGAUGUUGAACAAUGUUUAGAUUUACAACAAAAGAAGAGAGGAAUACAGGAAAAAAAAAUUUCAUCAUACAGGUCUAUGAUACUUGAUUUUGCUUCUGACAUUGGAAGAAAAGAAUUGGAAUCACUAAAACCAUUAUUAAAACACUACAUACCUGCUAGGACAAUAGAAAGAUUAAAUGAACCUAUAAAAUUGAUGAUUGAGUUGGAAAAACUCACAGUAAUCUCACCGCAAAAGAUUGAAUUUCUGUUUCAAGUUGCUGACUAUUUGGAAAGAGAGGAUCUUCUUAAAAAAUUAGAGGAGUUUAAAGUCACAUCAGGCUAUCAAGAAAUAGGUACAGAGAAAGGGAACCAUAUAUCGAGAAACAGCUCACACACCAGUAGUGGAAAUAGAAUAAACACUUUGGAUAAUAGCUUCAAAAGUCUGAGAGUCGAUCAGGCUCCAUAUCACCAUGUGAAUAGGCCAGAUCAUUAUAUUAGUCAUGUUGCUGAAAGCCUAGGAGGAGACGAAUGGAAGAUGUUAGGCUUUGCACUCGGGUUGUCAGCUAGGGAUACAGAUGAAGUAUGUGAUGCCCAUGGGAUGUUGCAAAAAUUUCAGGAAAUAACUAAAGAAGAACAGCAGUUUGAAAAACUUUGUAGUGGAUUACGGUCUCGACUAGUGGGACGGGAUGAUAUAGCCAUCAUGUUGGAAAAAGACUACAAGGAUGUUUGCAGUAAACAAGUACAAAACUUUCCUGUGGCAGCAGUUAACAAACAAGAAGAAAAAAAUGUAGUGUCUUCUAUAAAUACUGAAGAAUCAGGCCUAAUGGCAAGAUAUAAAAUGGCCAGUAUGCCACGUGGGAUAUGCCUCAUUAUCAACAACAUGAAGUUCAUGGGUAGAUUGAAAGAACGUAGAGGUUCUGAGAUUGAUGAAGAUAGUCUAAAGUUUCUAUUCAAAUAUUUGGGAUUUCAAGUUAUUGUUAGACGAAAUGCAACUUCUGAGGACAUGAAGCGUCAGGUAGAGGAUGUUAGUCGAAUGGAUCAUACAAACUAUGAUUGUUUUGUUUGCUGUAUGUUGUCUCACGGAGACUUGGGAACCAUUUUUAGUAGCGAUGAAAUAUCCUGCAAAAUAUUAGACUUCACCAGUCCAUUUCGGCCUCGGUAUUGCCCCAGUCUUGCUGGCAAACCAAAGUUAUUCUUUCUGCAAGCAUGCCAAGGCAGUCGAAAAGCUGAAGAUUUUGAACACUUUCAGGUGGAUUCCGCAGAGUCUGGUACCGAUAACAUACCCGAUGACGCAGAUUUCUUGCUUGGCUAUGCCACAGCUCCUGGGAAUGUGUCAUUCCGCAGUAGGUCUCGAGGUUCUUGGUACAUAUCAAAGCUGACUAAUGCUUUGCAACAUUAUCACAACACUCAUCAUAUUCUAGAUAUUCUGACACAUGUGAAUAAUGAGGUGAGCAAAGCCAUUGCUAGAGAAAGUGAAGGUACUUAUAAGCAGGUGCCAGCCCCUCAAUUUACCUUAAGAAAGCAGUUAUUCCUCACUAAAUUGUGAGUAAAUUUUAAUAAAGUUAAACUUAAUUAAGUCCACUUUGUCUUAACUCGAAUAAUUUCUAAGUUAAUCUUAUUUUACAUGCCAAAUUGUUGUUUCCCAUUAAAUAACAAUCUGUUAGUCGAAUUUUAUCAAAGUCAAACACUCUUUUAAUGCCAUUUUGGAUUUGACUUAGGCAAGUUCAACUGUAUUAUAAUAAUGCGAUGGUAUUGUUAUUGGUUUACAGUCUAUGUUAAAUUGAACCUUUCUGGAAAUAUCAAUCAAACUUAAUAGUUUACCGACAGAAGAGGAGAGGGAAUAUGCUCUUUUUCCCACAAGCACAUGUGUCGAAAAGCAUAGGUUUAUGCUGUCGUUUUGUGGGAAAUUAGCAAAAGUGAUCAAUAUAUAAGAUG